CCUUGGUACUCAUUCUCUUUACAAGCUAAAAAUAGAACAAGUCUGUUUUAUCGUAUGAUUCAUUCAUGUUUUAUAAACAUAAUUAGUGUUCCCAUCCUUGCUACGGGGGGUUAAUGUGCAUUUUCCUGGAGAUUUAGUGUUUUUUCGCUAUUGAUCGGUCCCAAUGCAAAAACCUGGAAAGACGUCGUUGGCGAUGCCGAUCCGGGAGUCGACCUUCAGAUCUACGAGCUACAUGGACGGCGCUUUUAAUUACCGAUUUUGGAAUGCGAUCGCCUGCGAGGCCGUUCAUUCCGGCGAUAAACUGAAGCAGGGAAUAAAGGAGUGCAUCGUGCGGGACAAGGUGAAGCUCGAGGAUUUUAAGGGAAUCGACAUCGAGAAGAGUAACAUCAAUUACUUGACGUCGGAGCUCUUUGACGAAAUGAGUCACCUGCAGAACAUCAAGCUGAUCUUCAACACGAUCACCGAUAUGCCUUCCGGCGUUUUUCGGAAUUUGGCGAGUCUGAACGAGAUAAACAUCGGCUUCAAUACGAUUGAGAGUAUGGCGAACGAUGCGUUCUCUGGUCCGGAAAAGGUGAAGAAUUUAUUCUUUUACGGCAAUAAAAUUGAGAACAUUCCCGAAGGGGUGUUCGAUGCGCUGACCGAGCUCGAAACUGCCAAGCUGCACAACAACAACCUGCGGGUGAUCACCCCUGAGACUUUUAAGAACAACAAUUUUAUCACGUUGUUGUGGCUGUCCGGGAAUAAUAUUCGGCAUUUGUCGGCGAAUGUCUUCGCGAAUCUCACCCUGUUGACAUCUCUGAUGCUGGACGGAAAUGAGAUGGAGGAACUGGAUGAUGGUUGCUUCGUCGGUUUGGGGAGUUUGAAAUCGUUGCGGCUCGAUCAGAAUAAGCUCAGAACGUUUCCCGACGAGGUUUUUGCCCCACUUAUUUCAUUGGACAGUUUGGAUCUCACAUCGAACGACAUCGAGGAGUUGCCAAUUUCGCUUUUCGCGCGGUUAGCGAAUUUGACCGCCCUAAACUUGUCCAAGAACAAGCUGCGCGAUUUACCGGUGGAAAUUUUUUCGGCUGCAACCCUGCUGAGCAAUCUACAGUUGCAGAACAAUCAUCUCGCGAGUUUACCUGGUGGCAUCUUCAACAGCUUGAGUGGGUUGAAGAAGUUGAAUUUGUCUCACAAUGAAAUAACUGAGCUGUCUCCGGGGAUAUUUGAAGGUAAUGUUGAGCUGACUCACUUGAAUCUCAGCUCUAAUAAGCUGGAAGCGUUAAUUUCGGGCACUUUUGAUGGUCUGAGCCAGCUCUUGGAGUUGAAUUUGGAUAAGAAUUUGAUUGUAUCGGUCGACUGUGACGUCUUCAAGGAUUUAGAGGCUCUCACCUGCCUGUAUUUGAAGAGUAACCAAAUCGAAAGCCUUGAUGAGUCAGUGUUCCGUGGCCUACGGAAGUUGGAGAAGCUGCACUUGAAGAAUAACAAAAUUGCGGAUCUUCCCGUGGGAAUUCUCUCCGAUCUCUCUCAACUGACCGAGCUGGAGCUGUACGAAAACGCGAUCGGCGGGCUGGAGCAAGGCGUCUUCGACUCGAUCUCAAAGCUCACCACUCUUCUUCUGUACGAUAACCAAAUUGAGCACAUCGCCCCGGGCACCUUCCGAAACUUGGAGAUUAUCAACUCGCUGUUCUUGGGGCGAAACAAGCUGAGCAAACUGGACGCGGGCACCUUCGCCGGAAUGCCCGAACUGAACUACCUCACGGUCGAAAACAACGAGAUCGCCGAGCUGGAGGUCGGCUGCUUUGACGGCCUGCCGAGCUUAAAGACGUUGACGCUCUCGCAAAAUCCGAUCGAAAGUCUACAGCCGAACGUGUUCGCCGAGCUCUCCCACUUGGGGUAUCUCUACUUGGAGAACACAAAUUUAAGUGUAGUGCACUCGGGAAUGUUUCACGGCCUGCUGAAUUUGCACCAGCUGCACCUGUCGAAGAACAAAAUCGCGACCAUCGAAUCGGGCGCGUUCGAGGGCCUCCCGAACUUGGAGUUCCUCUCGCUGUUCACAAACGAUCUUACCGAAAUAUCCGAGGAGACCUUUAACGGCCUGAGCGGGCUGGACUAUCUCGAGCUGGGCACCAACCGCAUCAAAACCAUUUCACCAGACGCCUUCAUCUCGACCCCCAAGCUCAAGUUCCUCCGGCUGGGCAACAACGAAGUUUCCCUCGAGAGCGAAACGUUCGCGCAUUGCCCGAAGCUCGUGCAGCUUGAUCUGACCGCGAAUAACAUUGAAACCCUACCGGAUGAUAUCUUCCUCCCUCUCCACUCGCUGAACACGCUCUACUUCGGCCACAACAAAUUGGAAACCCUCAACUCCGGUACCAUAACUAAUUCCCUCAAAUUGCAAUACCUAUACUUGGACAAUAACCAAAUAACCACCGUGAAAGCGGGCGCCUUCGACGACCUGCAGCUGCUGUGGGAGCUCCACUUGGAGGACAACAAAAUCGAAACGAUCGAACCGGGCAGCUUCUCCCCCCUACAGCACAUGUACAUACUUCGCCUUGGGAACAACAACCUAUCGCAGCUAAACCUGGACGCGUUCGACGAUCUGAAAGCUUUAAAAACAGUAACGAUCGACGGAAAUCCGUUGGACGAGGAAGUUCUCGCCCACUUCAAGACUAAAUAUCCCGAACCCGUUCCUAAAGUUGUUACCUGUUAUUGUUAGGCUUUAGUGAGGACCAAUCGCUUUAGGUACCACGCGUUAACUUGUGAUAUAAACGGCAAUUAUUAAACGCACUGUCUAUUUCUAUAUUUUUUAUUUAUGUUGUUAAUAAAGCUUUGUCACUAAA